AUGAUAAGGGAACAGGAUUUCGAGCUUACCCCCGAAGACCAUCUGUCCACUAUUGAUGCUGUCAUUGAAAGAUAUCCAUACUACACAACUGUCCGCUUAAUCAGCGACGCCUCAGUGGAUUUUACUCCCAAGCCAUGUCUACGAGAAGUAACAAAUACAACCAACUUGAUGGACCUUAUACGACUGAAAAACACCGCAAGUGAGUCCUACAUCGAAGCAGUACCCAUGGACCAAGUCCGUCUUGAUCCAUCAUUUCAAAACAAGUUACAAUUUCACGGAAAUCCCCAAAAUGAAGCCGUUAUCCAUAUCGAUCAAUUGUCGUAUCAGAAACUACCUAAUUUGAACCCACCAGCGGAGACGUGGCAUCGAACAAGAAGAAAAAGAAGAAGUGAACCAUGUGUCGACUCUCCUCAAGUAAGAAAGAUAACCAAUGACAAGAUUGGCUCUGGUGGACACAACCAUUCUCGAUAUCGCUACAAGAUCAAGAUCAAAUUGUGCCAUCAAGCCCUACUUGAAUCCAUCAUCAAGACACUAUUCAGCAACGCGCAAGUUGAAUCUUACAUAUACGACGAAAGCAUAAACUUACCAAUACCCGAAGUGCGCAAGGAUACGAUGCAUAUGCCAGUCAACCAAGUGGCCUUAUCUGACCUUGAUGACUUUAAGCAAAAAGCAGAGGGUUUGCUUAUGCUAUACACCGAUUUGGACCCACAACAAGUCAUAACCAACAUGGACGUCGAUACAAUCGCGUUGACUCGCUACACUAUGCACAAUGUCUGCUCUAAAUCCAUCACUGGUGCAGAAUGGAAAUUGUUAUCACUACAUACAAAGGACACACACACGUUUAUUCAAAGGUAUCAAGGCCUGAUUCUUGUCCGUGAUGAAAUAAGUUAA